AAAAUAUUUCUUAUACGGCUCCUUUUAUACUUCUAAAAGCAAACAGGCUUAAAAUCCAACUCAAACAUAAAUUUGUAUUUCCAAAAAUAAAUGAACUUAAAACCGACUCAAAUACGGAUGGCGUACCAAAAUACUGACAAAAACAUCUUUAAUUUGUAUGAUAAUAGAUAAGAGAUUUGACGACUGGUUUGUCACGUGGGCGUCAUGUCAGUAAAAAACUAAAAACCACUCUCAAAACAGUUAAGGGAGUCGUUUGUAUGGUUUAAAUAGUUGGAGGAGUCAAUACCGAUUUUGCGGUUGAGGAUACAAAUUUGACUUAUAUUUAAGGGAACUUUUUUUGGCUGAAAGUUUACGUGCAAUUGGGCUCCCAAGUAUUCACAUGGCCCAGGAAGCUCCCAAGGAAUCCAUCUUCGAAACGAAAGCCCAAAAGCUCGGUCGGAUCCUAAACCCCCGGCAAGCUACGAAUCCCUCGGCCUUGUGUAAGACGGUAGUAAACGUGCGCCACUUGUACCCCUGGCCAGCCACCACCUGCUUCCUAUAAAUCUAUGCCCCUCGCCGCAACGCGACGCUCCCUAUUCUUCCUCCGCAAAAACCCCAGACUAGUAGUGAGGCCGUUCCCGAACUCCUCUCCGCCUUCCCCCGACAGAGAUCGCGGCGGCGGCAAUGGCGUUCGCUGCGGGCGGCAUCGACCACCACGUGGCGGUGGAUGUGGAGGGGGAGGAGGAAAGCAGGAGGAGGGCGGUGGCGGAGGAAGCGGACCUGCUCUGGGCGGCCUUCGAGCGGCUCCCCUCCGCGAAGCGGCGGAGCCACGCCGUCGUCCUCCCCGAUCCCGACGGCCUAGGCGGCGGCGACGGCGGCGGAAGAGGAGAAGGCCAGUUGGUGGACGUGCGGAAGCUCGACCGGCCCGGGCUCCAGCGCGUGCUCCGCCACGCGCUCGCCACCUCCGAACUCGACAACGCCAACCUCCUCCACGGCAUCAAGGCCCGCUUCGACGCGGUGGGAUUGGAGGUGCCGCGGGUGGAGGUGAGGUUCCAGAACCUGACCGUAUCAACAGAUGUCCAUGUCGGCCGGCGAGCACUGCCCACUCUUGUCAACUACGUCCACGACAUUGCGGAGAGAAUUCUUAUUAGCAGCCAUCUUUUACGUCCUGACAAGCACAAGCUGGUUAUUUUGGACGACGUUAGUGGAGUUAUCAAACCUGGGAGAAUGACGUUGUUGUUGGGACCUCCUGCAUCUGGGAAGUCAACUCUUUUGUUGGCUCUUGCUGAUAAACUGGAUUCUCAGCUAAAAAAAAGUGGAGAAGUGGCCUACAAUGGAAUGGCUCUAGAUCAAUUUUGUGUACAGAGAACUUCUGCUUAUAUCAGCCAGACAGAUAACCACAUUGGAGAAUUGACAGUACGAGAAACUUUAGAUUUUGCGGCAAAAUGCCAGGGCGCUAGUGAAAAUUGGCAAGAGUGCCUAAAAGAAUUGGUCAAUCUUGAAAAGGAAAGGGGCAUAAGGCCAAGUCCUGAGAUAGAUGCUUUUAUGAAGACUGCAUCAUUCCGAAGAGAAAAACACAAUCUUGUCUCAGACUAUGUAUUGAGAGUGCUUGGGUUGGAUAUAUGUGCUGAUACCCCUGUUGGCAGUGACAUGGAAAGAGGUGUCUCUGGUGGCCAGAAAAAACGAGUUACAACAGGUGAAAUGAUUAUUGGACCAAGAAAAACCCUUCUCAUGGAUGAAAUAUCGACAGGUCUUGACAGCUCAACAACCUUUCAAAUUGUUAACUGCAUGAGGAACUUUGUUCAUGAGAUGGAAGCUACUGUGCUGAUGUCACUUCUUCAGCCCGCACCUGAGACAUUUGAAUUAUUUGAUGAUCUAAUUCUGUUGUCAGAAGGAAAGAUCAUUUAUCAAGGUCCUAUCAAGCAUGUCGUGGACUAUUUUAAAUCAUUGGGAUUUUCAUUGCCACCUCGGAAGGGAAUUGCAGAUUUUCUCCAGGAGGUGACUUCAAAGAAAGAUCAAGCUCAGUAUUGGUCUGAUCAGUCCAAACAACACAUCUUUGUUUCUGCAUCAGAAAUGGCAGCUGUAUUCAAAGAAUCCCAGUAUGGUACAUAUUUGGAGGCUAAUCUAAGUAGUUCGUGUGGUAAUAAAGAUUCUGCUCUGGUUCUUCCCAGGUCGAAAUUUGCAGUACCAAAAUUUAGCCUUGUUAGAGCAUGCUUUGCCAGAGAGCUUAUUUUAAUAAGCCGUAAUCGUUUCCUCUACACUUUUAGGACAUGCCAAGUUGCUUUUGUUGGGAUCAUUACAUCCACACUGUUUCUCCGGACAAGAUUACAUCCUGUUGAUGAGCAAAACGGGAAUCUUUAUCUGGCAUGUCUAUUUUUUGGGCUUGUGCAUAUGAUGUUUAAUGGUUUUACAGAGAUGACCAUGACUAUUUCUCGACUUCCAGUGUUCUAUAAACAGAGAGAUAAUUUCUUUCAUCCCGCAUGGGCUUUCUCACUUCCAAAUUGGAUACUAAGAAUUCCAUAUUCCUUUAUUGAAGCUGUCGUAUGGUCAUGUGUAGUAUACUACACGGUAGGCUUUGCACCAACGGUUGACAGAUUCUUUCGCUUUAUGUUGCUGUUAUUCUCUAUACAUCAAAUGGCAUUGGGCCUUUUCCGAAUGAUGGGAGCUAUUGCACGAGACAUGACCAUCGCUAGUACUUUUGGAUCUGCUGUCUUAUUGGCAAUUUUUCUUUUAGGAGGAUUCGUUGUUCCUAAAGGGUUCAUAAAACCAUGGUGGGACUGGGCGUAUUGGAUUUCACCAUUGAUGUACGCACAGCGUGCUGUUUCAGUUAAUGAGUUCUCAGCAUCCAGAUGGUCAAAGGUAUCAGUUUCAGGGAACAUGACAGUUGGAACCAAUAUUCUUAUUUCACACAGUCUCCCAACAGACGAUCAUUGGUUCUGGAUUGGAGUUGGCGUUUUAUUAGCCUAUUCCAUAUUUUUCAAUAUUAUGUUUACUCUUGCGUUGGCGUUCCUUAAUCCCCUUCGAAAGCCACAGUCAAUGGUUCCUUCUGAUGCUGGGGAUGGAAGAGAUGUGCAUAUAAAUACUGACUCCAACAAAAAUACGAUUGGAGAAAUAUUCGAGAACAAUGAUGGAUUUGAAGGGCAGACGGAGUGCAAAAGUAAAAAGGGAAUGAUACUACCUUUUCAGCCACUCACCAUGACGUUCCACAAUGUGAACUAUUAUGUCAAUAUGCCAAAGGAAAUGCAAGCAAAAGGUGUUCCUGAGAAAAGACUACAGUUGCUGUCUGAAGUUAGUGGGAUAUUUAGGCCACGUGUCCUGACAGCAUUGGUUGGUGCAAGUGGUUCUGGGAAGACGACACUUAUGGAUGUUUUAGCUGGCAGAAAAACUGGUGGCUACAUAGAAGGUGAUAUCAGGAUUUCUGGCCAUAAAAAAGAACAGCGAACAUUUGCCAGGAUAGCAGGAUAUGUUGAACAAAAUGACAUACACUCGCCACAAGUAACAGUUGAAGAGUCUCUCUGGUUCUCGUCAACCCUGCGGCUUCCAAAUGACAUAAGCAGAGAAACAAGACAUGCAUUUGUUGAAGAAGUUAUGGCAUUGGUAGAGCUCGAUCAAAUUCGGUAUGCAUUAGUUGGAAAACAGGGUUUAACAGGCUUAUCGACAGAGCAAAGGAAACGUCUUACUAUAGCUGUUGAGCUUGUUGCAAAUCCUUCCAUCAUUUUUAUGGAUGAACCUACAUCUGGUUUGGAUGCGCGAGCAGCUGCCAUUGUGAUGCGCACUGUUCGAAACACUGUUGAUACUGGUAGAACUGUGGUCUGCACGAUACACCAGCCAAGUAUUGAUAUCUUUGAGGCAUUUGAUGAGCUACUCCUGAUGAAACGAGGAGGUCGAGUAAUAUAUGGAGGUUCACUUGGUGUCAACUCAGUUGACAUGAUUAAUUACUUUCAGGGAAUUCCUAGGGUCGUUCCUAUCACUGAAGGCUACAACCCAGCAACCUGGAUGCUUGAAGUUACAACACAAGCAUCUGAAGAAAGGCUUGGCAUAGAUUUUGCAACAGUUUACAAGAACUCAUAUCAGUUCAGGAACGUGGAAAACUUAAUUGUAGAACUAAGCAUUCCAGCUUCUGGCACAGAGCCUUUAAAGUUCUCAUCGGAGUUUUCACAGAAUCGCCUUACUCAAUUCAUGGUGUGCCUGCGCAAGCAAAGUCUUGUUUACUGGAGAAGUCCAGAGUAUAAUGUUGUGCGGUUAUUUUUCACAUCAGUUGCUGCUAUAAUAUUUGGUUCAAUAUUUUGGAACGUCGGGAUGAAGAGAGAAUCCACAGAAGAUAUAUUACUUCUCAUGGGUGCUCUUUAUGCGGCAUGCCUAUUUCUUGGUGUAAAUAAUGCUUCAUCUGUACAACCUGUAGUUUCUGUUGAGAGGACAGUCUACUAUAGAGAAAGAGCAGCUAACAUGUACUCGUCAUUCCCAUAUGCUGCAGCUCAGGGUCUUGUGGAGAUCCCAUAUAUUGCAGUUCAGACACUAAUAUUUGGUCUCAUUACUUACUUCAUGGUCAAUUAUGAGCGGAACAUAAGAAAAUUGGUCUUGUACCUUAUUUACAUGUUCCUUACUUUUACCUACUUCACGUUUUAUGGAAUGGUGGCAGUAGGCUUGACACCUACUCAACACAUGGCAUCUGUGGUAUCCUCAGCGUUUUACUCAUUAUGGAAUCUUCUUUCUGGGUUCUUAAUCCCACAAUCUAGAAUUCCAGGAUGGUGGAUCUGGUUUUAUUAUAUCUGCCCAGUGGCAUGGACCCUGCGAGGCGUCAUUACAUCACAAUUAGGUGACGUGGACACGAGGAUAGUGGGCCCUGGUUUCGACGGGACGGUGCAUGAAUUCCUCCAGCAAAACCUGGGAUUUGAACAGGGGAUGACAGGCGCCACGGUUGCCGUCCUCGUUGCGUUUUCGGUUUUCUUCUUUUCAAUUUACGCCAUAUCCAUCAAGAUGAUUAAUUUCCAGAGAAGGUAACCACUCUACUGGACACCCUGGUGGCAGAGCUGAUGUUUGGGUGUUGCCUUUAUUGUGGAUGAAGCACCAGUUAAUGUGAGGACAAUGUUUGCUGAUGCAGCUAAAAGAAAUAUAGCUAAUUUUGAGAGUAGCAUUCCAAAUGUAUAUAUCGAAAGAAGAUAGUUGUGCAAUGUAUAUAUUUCUUUUGCUGGUUUUGGAGAGGGAUUUUUAAAACUCAAGCUUUGAAGCCACUAUGCUUGAUACUUAUGUUGGGCAUCUCCAAAAUGUGUUGUGUUCCAGGAACAGAGUUCACUCCAACAUACUAGGUUGUCUUAAUUAUUCCAAAACCGUGUUCUGAUGUAACUAUGGAAGUGUUCCUCUGUACGUACUCUUGUUGGGCAUUUUCACUCUUGACGUGCUAGAAGAGUUCCCUCCAAUACAUUGUAUGUCAUAUUCCGCUUCAAAUAUAUAUGUAUAUAUCAUGUUUAUUUA